UGGCACAACACUGUCUCCUGCUUUCUGAUGGAAGAAAAUGAGAAACAUAAACAUUAAGAACACCAGGCAGUUCAUAAAGGCCAAAUUAACAAUUAAGGAAAGACUACCAUGAGUUGGAGUAGUCAGGGACAACUUCCGGACAGAAACUGAGCUGGACUCUCCUGGUAAGAUUGUCUGCAGGAGAUGAAUAGCAAAGGAAGGUGGGGAGGAGAGCAGGUAUUGUACGGCAGUGGGUCCUGGAAGGUUGUAUAGUAGUAGAGUAGAAAGUCUUGGGAAGCGAUCAUUAUGGUCAGAAAAGGGGAACACAUUUGGUUGCAAUAUUGGCUCCUUUUCAGCUCAUCCAUCCAUCCUUUGCUGCUGACUUGUGGGAGAGAGAGAUUAGUGGUUUGCCUUAGAUUUUCCAUAACUUCUUGAACAUGUUACCAAUCUGAUCUUGGAUAGUUUGGUUCUAAAGCAGGUCUCCCUCCAGAAGGGUCAAGAAAGUUACUAACCAAAUUAGAGGCUCUGCCAUAAUUUAGCAUGUAACUUUAUACAAAUCACUUCCUUUCUAUGGGCCCUAGUUUUCUUCUAUGUAAACAAGAGAAUUUAGACUCGAUGACCCAAAGUUCCUUGAAAUUUUCAUUCUGCAUACUGAAGUUUUCCAGUUUCCCUCACUCUGCCAUACUAGAGCUGAGUCUCUUGUAUCAACUAACCCCUUGCCUGGGUCUACCUCCCCAGGAAAAUUCUCCAGCUUUCUUAUCAGCCCUCAGCUGGCCUGAGGGUAGGUGGGGCCCAAGGGAAGACAGGAAGGACCUGGUUUUCAGCUCAUUCAAUUUGUCUAAGCUUCUAAUGCUGCUGCUGCUCUGGUCCCAACAAGACUUCCCUUGGCUAAAGAUUCCCCGGAUCCAUGACCCAAAGUUCCUUGAAAUUUUCAUUCUGCAUACUGAAGUUUUCCAGUUUCCCUCACUCUGCCAUACUAGAGCUGAGUCUCUUGUAUCAACUAACCCCUUGCCUGGGUCUACCUCCCCAGGAAAAUUCUCCAGCUUUCUUAUCAGCCCUCAGCUGGCCUGAGGGUAGGUGGGGCCCAAGGGAAGACAGGAAGGACCUGGUUUUCAGCUCAUUCAAUUUGUCUAAGCUUCUAAUGCUGCUGCUGCUCUGGUCCCAACAAGACUUCCCUUGGCUAAAGAUUCCCCGGAUCCAGCCUACAUAAGGAUUCCCACCAUGGUACUCAAGGUCUUCUUCCCUUCUUGCUGUUCUUCAGCAGACAGUGGCCUUUUGAUUGGCCGAUGGAUACCAGAACAGAACUCUGCAAUUAUCUUAGCUGUUGUUCACUUCCCUUUCAUCCCUUUCCAAGUAAAGCAGUACCUCUCUGAAGUACAGAAGGUGAGCCAGAUAGAAACUGUUGUGCUGGGCACUUGGUGUAAUAACAAGCAGGAGAAGGAAGAGAGCCUGGGCAAAUUUUUAGAUGACCUGAGCACCAUUUUUUCUCAUGAGCCUUGGCUCCAGAUUAGCAAAGAGAAAGGAAGUAAGUUCUGGAACUGCCAUACCCUUUCCAGACAAGCUGGCACCCCCAAAGAGGAUCAGAUCAUUUUGAUCUAUUAUGACCAGCGCAAAACCAUGCUGUCCCGAUUGCAUCCCCCUGAGACAUCUCUGGAUAACCAGCCAGGAGUUAUCACCGCUCCAGAUGCUUCAAAGCUUGCAGCUGUGUUUGACACUGUGGCCAGAAAUGAGGUGCUGUUCCUGACAGACAGGUACGACGAGGGCCCCAUCAAACUGAGCCACUGGCAGUCGGAGGGCGUGGAGGCCAGCAUCAUCGUGGAAUUGGCAAAGCAGGCAUCUGUGCCUGUGUGCAUGCUGCUGACAUGCUUGCUUUCCCUUGUCUCUGGACUUUGUAGGAGCAGAAUACUUAAGUUUUGGCCUUUGUCCUUCAUAUGGAGCAAACUCUCGACUUGUGAGCAGGUUGGAUAUCGACUAGAACAUCUCAGAUUCGUCUUUAGCAACCAAAAAGCUGAGAACCAUACCCAGUUCAUGAGGAAAGCCAACAUCUUUGUUUCACUUCUUCUUGACAUGGCUCUGGGAAUCAUGCUGCUGUCUUGGUUAUAUAGGAAGAAUCGGAUUGGUCAGCUGGCUGAGGCUCUCAUCCCAGUUGCAGAUCAUGUGGCCCGGGAACUCCAGGACUUGCUGCAGUGGCUGAUGGGAGUUCCUGCUGGUCUAAAAAUGAACCGGGCUUUGGACCAGGUGUUGGGUCGUUUCUUUCUCUACCACAUUCACCUCUGGAUUAGUUAUAUCCACUUGUUGUCCCCAUUCAUUGAAAUGAUCCUGUGGUACGUAGGUCUUUCAGCCUGCCUGGGUCUGACAGUGGUGUUGUCCAUACUUUCAGACAUCAUUGCCCUCCUCACUUUCCACAUCUAUUGCUUUUACGUCUAUGGAGCCAGAUUGUAUUGUCUGAAGAUCUAUGGCUUGUCUUCUCUGUGGCGCCUCUUCCGAGGAAAGAAAUGGAACGUCCUGAGACAGCGAGUGGAUUCCUGUUCUUAUGAUUUGGAUCAGCUGUUUAUUGGGACUUUGCUGUUUACCAUUCUGUUAUUCCUUCUGCCCACCACAGCCCUCUACUAUUUAGUCUUUACUCUGCUUCGUCUAUUGGUGGUGUUUGUACAAGGAUUAAUCCAUUUGCUAGUGGACCUUAUAGACUCCCUUCCCUUCUAUUCCAUUGGUCUUCGACUAUGCAGGUCCUACAGACUUGCAGCUGGUGUAAAGUUCAGAGUCCUUGAGCAGGAAGUGGGCAGGCCUCUUCGACUGUUGAUGCAGAUCAACCCUUUGUCGUACAGCAGUGUGGUACAAACCUACCGUCUCCCCACCUACAGCUGCUACCCCAAAGACUCCUGGGGCUCACUGUGUAAGAAGCUUUUUUUUGGUGAGCUCAUCUACCCCUGGAAGCACAAAGAAGACAAGCAGGACUGAAGGGUGGAAAUCUGCCAAAUGUGCAAGCCCAAGCCAAAGCCAAUGUUCUAACUCACUGUUCUUGGGCCAAAAUCAGCAUGAAGCUCACAGCUGCUGGCUCACUGUCGCCUGAACUCCCUUGGCCCAGAAGCCAAGACUUUAGCAGGGACAGGACUGGGCUUAAAGUAGGAAGGACUUGUGGAAGCUCUUUUAGCUUUUCCCUUUCUGUCUGAGCAUUUAGGCAAUAUUGACUGACUGGAGGGAAGGGGGAGGGGUUAUAAUGCAUCGUAGCUCUGUCCUUGAUGGCUCUAGCUACUCCUGAGCAGGCCACAGAUCAGUAGCUCUUUUCAAGGAAAGCUCAGUGUCUUGAGGGCCUCGACAUGAGAUGAGGAUGGCCCUGCAUAGUGGUACCCACAGAUACCACACACUACCCCAUAGUGUGACCUAGUUCUUAUAACAGAGAUCAGUCUCUAAGAGGUAAGUUUUGUUGAACAUGAGCAGUUGCUACUGUCAGUCGUGACUGUGAUGAGAAUGUGUGUUCACCGUGGGCUGCCUUCCCACUCUCCUUGACUGAGUAUGUCACUGAAGAUCUCAGAAGCAUUCAGAUCAUGUGCUGACAAAUAUAAGCUAGGAGGAGGUGCUUAUCUUUUAUAUCAUUUCAUGUGUUCUUGAUGAAAAACUGGCCUUUCCUUUUCCUAAACCACCCAGGAGGCUGGUAGGUGUGCUGAAGAGACAGUUCUGCCCCCAGAAAAACUGCUCCAUUGCCGGAAAGAAUGGGCUGCUGCUGGACUAUUCAAUUUCUCCUUUCAUUGUUUUCCUUUUUGCCAAGACAGUUCCUAAAUGUCAUAGCCUAUGAUUUUGCUGUAUGUAUACUGUUAACCUGAUGGGCACCAACUCCUCCUGAUUGUUAACAAGCCUCCAGUUGUCACCAUAACUCCCUAAUGUUUGUUUUCCCUCUUCCGGGUAUGUUUCGAAUCCUCUGCAUUCCUCAUCUCCACAACUAUAUAUGUGUGUGUGUGUAUAUAUAUGUAUAUAUAUAUACACACACACAUAUAUAUAUAUAUUUACAGAGCUCUUUGUUGUUUUCUUUUCAAAGAUUGUACUAAUAAAAAUUGUGUAAAAUCGAUCUUUCCACUCGCCAAGAAUUUAAAGGUAAUAGACACCAAUGGAAUUUCAAAUUAAUAUUUUCAUUAUAGGCAGAGAUGCAAAUUUUGGUCCUCUUCCUGGAUACCACCUCCUUUCCAUCUUGCCACAGGAUUCUGAAAUCCUGACUCUCACUUCUAUUUGUACAAAAUUUCUCUUUGGAGGACAGAA